GCCAGGCUAAAAGUCACACCGCUGAUGAAGCUCCGCCCCUCCACCAGUGCCAGUGCUCUUCUGUGAGGAGUGAGGCUCUGUUGCCGUGGACACGAGUCAUGCCCGCCCCUCUCACACGCCUCCUCUUUGCUGCCAUCUGGUGGGCGACCGCGUGCAUGAGAGCCUCUGCGCUGCCAACAAACAACACUUUCCUGUUGAGUCUGCCGGAGGCUGUGUUUGGACUAGGUGCCGAGCGAGAGGGAACACUGCAGGCUGGUCAAGGCGUAGAGAACGUCACACGUGGUUACGGUGGCGUUGCGGUGGCCGAGGGAGGUGAUGUCAUUGUGCCCCACGUGCGGCGCCGGAGGGCCAUCUCCAGCCGUGACAUGGCAGCCCUACUGGACUACCACAACCGAGUGCGCUCGCAAGUCUCCCCACCCGCAGCCAACAUGGAGAUCAUGGUCUGGGAUGAGCGGUUGGCCAGGUCAGCCGAGUCUUGGGCAUCUCGCUGCAUCUGGGAUCACGGGCCUUCCCAUGUCAUGAAACACACAGGCCAGAACCUGUCAAUCAACUCUGGCAGGUAUCGCUCCGUCAUUGAUCUGGUGCGUUCCUGGCAUGAUGAGAGGCAUGCCUUCUCCUACCCGACCGGCUGCAGCGGCGCUGUCUGCUCACACUACACACAGAUGGUGUGGGCCAGCACCAACAGGAUGGGCUGUGCCAUCCACAAAUGCUACAACAUGUAUGUGUUUGGCAGCACCUGGAAACAAGCUGACUUUUUAGUCUGUAACUACUCCAUAAAAGGGAACUGGGUGGGGGAGGCGCCGUACAAGCGAGGCAAGCCUUGCUCCGCCUGUCCGUCCAGCUACGGGGGGUCAUGCUCUAGGAACCAGUGUUCUGGCCGCUCCUCGCGGCGCGCCCAAUCAUCACGCUCCACCACGUUGUCGCGCUCCUCCUACUCCAGAGUCAAACAAUUUAAGAGGUGGUACUAGCGGAAGCCAUCAGUGAGCCCACAGCUCACAGAUUAGCCAGUAUCUUUGGAAUUCAGAGCAAAUAUGUUUUUGUGAAGCAACACCACUUUUGUCUAUUUAAUUGUCAAUAAUAUUAUGUCAUAAUCCUAAUUCAAUCCUAAAAUAAAAUCAACCAGAGUCCCUUUUACCAAUAUAAUUCCCUGAAAUAAUGGCCCUCUGAUAGACUUUUAUAUCAGUCUUUUUUAUUGCUGAACCAUUGUCACUCUACAAUGACAUGAACUUUGAGUGUGUGAAUGAAUAUACGUAUGUGUGUGUGUGUGCGCACAAGUUAGUAUGUUUAGUUAGUAUGUAAGACAUACUAGUUAGUAGUAAGACAUACUCUACAGAGCGCCAUCGUCUUUGGCUUAGAAGGCUGCAUGGUUGUGUUGGGACCUAUGUAGUUUGUGGAUGGACUUGAAAAAGUGUUUCUUUGUGUGUUGGUGCGUGUACUUGUAUGCAUUUACAUGAAUACAUGAGUGUGUACAUGUUUAAAGUUGCCCCUAAACUGUUUGCACUGUUUUGGUUUGUUAUUUUUGACUUCAGAGGUAAUUUUGUAAAGAUGUUGUCUCUCUACAAUGAAGCACUUUUAUUUUUUUACAUGAAGGUAGACCAUAUUCUGUAGAGUGUGCCUGUAUAUGUAUGUUAUUGUAUUAAUGUGUUGCCAGGCUACUAUCUUUUUAAAAUGUGUGUCUUUUUCGAUUGUCCCUGCCAUGCAGAGAUCAUGCAGCCUCUGUCCACAUCUCCACACUAAUAAACCCCCUAUUGAGGCCUAAUUAUUGGGUUGACCUAAAAUGUACCUGCUAUUAACUGUCACACCAGACACACACACACACACACACACACACACACACCUUGUGUACAGAACAGAUACACAUGCCCAGACCAGGCACUAAAGAAAGGCUCUGGACUUCCUUCCAAAUAGGCCGACUACCAUAUGCACACACACACAGCCUAGCUGUCUAUCAUUAUACUACCUGACAGUUCAAAGUAGCCUGUGACAUUUUUCAAAAAAUAUUUUUGCCUCAUGCCUUCACUCACAAAAGUAAACCAACAUGAACGUCAUAGACUUAUUUAUUAUUUUAAUUAUGGUAAUGGAGGUCUAUCAAUAAAUGGGCUUGAAUGUGUUCAUUAUUUUCAGACUAGCCUAACAGACCUUGCUUAUACAAAGCCAAACUUGGUCAGGUUGGUGCACAGUAGACCUCAUCAACACACCUUACAAUAAUAGGCUACAUCAAAACACACCUUACAGUAAUAGGCUACAUCAAAAAAAUAUUUCACAAUAUGGCCUCCCUGCAUUCUGUUUUAUAGGGCAGACGUUAAACCAAAUGGAACUCAGAGGUCCAGGAGCAGAGCUUGCCCCCUCUGGGUCCCAAAGUCCGCUCUGCCUCUCCUCUUCAUAACUCAAUUCAGAAGAAACUGUUUCUCCUGUCUUCUUGUUUUUUUCCGUCAGUUUGUAUUAUUUAAUAAAAAGCCCAUGCCAUUGUUGGAUCAUAUUCAUGAAAAGUUUAGCUAAUCAAUCCAUCAUUGUAUUUAAGCAUAA